AGAUGACAACAUCGCCAUAGUUGGGAGUGAAACGGGAAGUUGAGUCACGGUCACAGUGCUUUGUCUUUACCUCAAAAUUCGAUAAGAUAAGCCAGAUAAAGCGUUAGGAAGUUAAUAAAUAGACACAAUGCCUGCCUGUAUUCCUAUGCCAGACAACAUGCCCGCCCUGUGCGAGAACUGGGACGCGGGCGAGAGGAGAAAUUUCAUCGCUUCUGUGGUUUCGGGAACACUGUUUGCAGUCGGGUGGUGGUGCAUAAUUGACGCAGCGACCCAGUACCCAAGCAAUGAUCAGUUCAAUCAUGCCUAUCACGUGUGCGGGGUCAUUGCUACAAUUGCCAUGUUCAUGGUUAACUCAGUGAGCAAUGGGCAAGUGCGAGGGGACAUGUAUACGGACGGAUGCAUGGGUCCCCUCGGUGCGCGUAUCUGGCUCUUCCUUGGUCUCAUGCUUAGUUUCGGCUCCCUCAUUGCUGCCUGCUGGAUCCUCUUUGGGGGAUAUGUCAUUCCAAAGAGUGCAUUCUUCUGGCCUGGUGUUGCUGUAUUCCUCCAAAACAUGUUCAUCUUCUUCAGCUCAGUCAUCUAUAAAAUUGGACGUUCCGAAGACAAUUGGGGUUAAAGAGGUGGUUCAGAGCAGUGGGUGUGCGAUUGCUGUUAAUGAAAUUGGGAUGUAUUGGUGUCUUAAUUGUCACGUGCAGGCUGAAUCUGUGAAGAGUUUUGAAUUGGAAGGUUUUUAGUUUAGUGCUGUUGCUAUGGUAUGCAACAUUCUUAUGUAUGUCCAUUUUUUAGUCUAUUUCAUUUUGUGUAAUGCAUUUUUAUGAAUGACAUUGUCUUCUGUAUAUUGCUGAUUGGUGUCUCAUCAGCCUAAUUAUUUUUUCUUAUAUAUUUUGUCAGAAAUAAUAAUUUUUUUUAAUAGAAAAGAGAAACUAGAGCCUAACAGAUGUAAAAGGAAGAAAUGUUUUACUAUUUAUUUUUAGGUUUGGAACAAGAUGGUGAUUUAUACCCUUAACAGUGAUUGUAAGCUUUUAUUAACUCAUAUGGUUUUAGACGUAUUCUGUAUGGAAAUUUGUUCCUUAUUAAAAAAAAAUGGAUAGUGGAGUUAACUUGAUGUUUCAUAGUAAAAGUAUACUCAUUUCAUAAUUUUCCUUCAUUACUAAUUGAUGCAAAGUAAGUAGGCUAGCUUACCUCAUUUACUUAUUUGUUUAGUGUUCCAUAAUGUCUUGAAAAGGAUGGACAGGUCACACUCAAGUUACAUUUGUUUUGUUUCUCCACCUGUGAUCAUUCUGUAUGUAGCCAUAGCUUUAGUGUGUUCAGUUUUUGUAUGUGUAUACAGUAAGUGUCCACAUAUUUUCUGCAUUGUGUUGUGAUGUGAAAGAUUCAUGUUUUAUAGGGUAUGGAUAUAUAGGUGAGGAAAAGACCUUUUAACUCCAUUAAAAAAAAAAAAAAAAAAAUCUUACCAGGUGGCAAUGCAUGUUAAUGGUAUCUGAAGCAUGUGUGUUACUUCUCAUUGUACCCAUACAACCCUCUGCUGAUAAAUUUUUCUUUAAUACAUGUCGAAGGCCACAUUCCAUAGAGAAAAUAUAUCAAGUGUCAGUUGCUUCAGUUUAGAGUUUUAUGGAAGAUGUUCUCCUUUUUGAAAAAUAUUUAUUUCGAGCUUAUAUUUCGUGCAGAAAAAAAUCAAGGAAGCAAAUUACUAUGUUCAUAAUCUUGAUAGUUCUAUCUAGGAUGAACAAAUGUGUGAAAUUGCUUUGGUUCAGCUUUGGGCUAUGGAUAUAGACAUACAGGAAUACAUGUAUUUAUAAGGCAAAAUCCUUUGUACUUCAUUGUGAGAGAAUGACAGACUUCUGUAGAUAGCUAUUCAAUAUAUCUCUUAUCUAUA